AUGGUUAGAAUAAAGCAAACGAUCUGCGGUUGCAGAGUGGGAAAUCAACGAUUUUUUCCAAAUCAGACACUACCUUUCAAUCGCGAAGGAGCAGAGGAUGAAGAAAUCACGACAUUUCCGAUAUCUCCUGUGAAAAUUACACCCCUCCUGAUCACCACUCGUCCCGUAAAGAAAAGAUUGAGGUACUGUCCAGGAGCCCUAGUGUUGAAAGAAAUCAGAAAAUUCCAAAGAAAUACGAAUUUGUUGAUAGGGAAAAUCUCCUUCCAACGCCUUGUCCGUGAGAUUUCGCACAAUUUUGCCCCAUAUUUGCGGUUUCAACCUACAGCUUUGCUAGCGCUCCAAGAAGCGGCAGAGUCAUACAUCAUUAGUUUGUUUGAUGAUAUGAACCUAUGUGCUCUCCAUGCCCGUAGGGUUACUAUUACGCCUCGAGAUAUGCAGCUGGCGCUACGGAUCCGUGGGGAAAAAGCUUGA